CUAUAUAACAAUCGAAGUUGGCGCAUCUCUAAUUUCCAUAACUGCAUCGGAAGAAGCGUCAGCAAUUGUUGUUAUUAGCAAUGCAAAAAUCGAAUUAAAUACGGGUUUUUGUGAUGUUCCUAACAGUUCGAUAAAAAUAAUUGGAAAUCAACAUUAACCAGAGCCGGUUAACGCAAAAUGUAAAUCUGAAGUUACGUUACCAACGAGAAUCAAACUUAAUUGGAUAAACAAAGCAAGAUUCCGAGAGCACGUCAUCGGAAACGGUUCGUCGUUGAUUACCCCGAUAAGCUCAACAAAGCGACCUGAGACACUGAGGAACCGCACCCUCAACAAAGAAGAAUCUGUGGCACCAUGCCGAUACUAUAUAGUGUCAUAUCGCGGGGCACCACGGUGCUGGCGAAGUUCGCGGAGUGCGUCGGUAACUUUGCCGAAGUGACGGAGCACAUAAUCGGCCGGAUCGGAGUGCACAACCACAAGAUGACCUACACUCACGGCGACUACCUGAUCCACUACACCUGCGAAAACAAGCUGGUCUACAUGUGUAUCACCGACAACGAGUUCGAGCGGUCCCGAGCAUUCCUCUUUUUAGCUGAUGUCAAACAAAAAUUCAUCCAAACAUACGGCCUGCAGGUGGCCACCGCUAUAGCCUACUCCAUGAACACUGAAUUCUCCAAGGUCUUGGCACAGCAAAUGGUUUACUUCAGCCAGUCGCGGGAGGUGGACACAAUUUCGCGAGUUCAUGGACAAAUUGACGAGUUGAAAGACAUAAUGGUUAAGAAUAUUGACAGUCUGCGAGAUCGCGGCGAGAAAUUGGAACUGCUAGUCAACAAGACAGAAAUCUUAAGCAAUACUUCUGUUGAUUUUCGCAAGGCCUCUCGAAAUUUGGCGCGACAAAUGUUUUGGAAGAACAUCCGGAUUUACGUGGUUGUGGGUUUGGUAAUAACCUUCAUCGUGUACGUGAUUGUAAGCAUGGCCUGCGGUGGACUUGCCUGGCAGUCGUGUGUUUAGGACCCGCUUUAAAGUUGUUUAUAUUGUUAUAGGCUCAUAAAACAUGUAUAUUUGCAUAUAAAACUUAACCGUACUCUCAUUAUCUAUGUUCUAUGUAAUAAACGUGAAUGUAUACAGAAUUAAAUCUUUGAAGAGCUAGUGAAGUGUUCACUUGUCCUCAACGUA